CAACGACUCUCCUCACACCUCACCUCUCUCAAUCUACACUACAUCACCUACGAACCACCCCCCUCACGAACCGUCGUCACCAUGGCCGAAGCAUUCGAACGUGAAAGGCAGAACAACUCCCGCCUCGACGAGCUCGCCUCCAAGGUCUCCGCCCUCCGCGGCGUCACAAUCGACAUCUACGACAACGCGCGCGACCAGACUAUGAUCGAUAACACCUCCGAGACCUUCUCCUCCUUCGGCACGACGCUGAAAGGCAGCGCGACCCGCCUCGGCCGCAUGGCGCAGUCGGGAAACAAAGUUGCGAUUCUGAAGCUGGCAGGCAUCAUCGUGGGGGCUGUGUUGGUGCUGUAUUGGAUUUGGGGGUUGAUUUUCUGAUUCUGAAUUGAACACACUCGGGGUACGUGGAAGAUGAAGGGGUAGGGGGUGGAAGGGAGGAGGGGGAGAGGGGAAGAGAGGGUCUUUUCAAAGCAUAGCAUCUGGGUUGGCGUAUCCAUGUUUUUUCUCUCUUGCGAGAUGGGUUUGAUAUUCGUUGGGUGUACACAGUAUGGCGUGUGGCGUGUGGGAAUUUGUCUCUCUUUGCUCUUAGCGAUUGGUAUUACAUACGUAUAUUGUGAAUCAGACAGCCGUUGGAUGUAACUACUGUACUAGCUAACAUGUGGCACAUAUCACAUUAUGUGGGGAUAUGAUGGCGAUAUAUAUUGUGUUUGGAUGAUAUCAUAUCUAUAUACGUUCGCCUUCUCACAUCAAGAAUCG